AUGGGUACCGAAUGGAUCUCUUCCUUGUCAACAGCAAGUUCGAUCAACACAGUCUCUGCCGACGAUGACGUACACACUGGCAACGCCACCUUCAAGCUGGUAGGAAACGGAACGAGCGUUUCCAUCUUUCCUACUCCACCCCCUCGCUCACUCGAUAACCCGCAAGAGCUUCGACAACUUCCCUUCCGUGACCGACAAAGAGCCAACCAACAGUCUCUAGACCGUACCAACUCCUUGCUUCCAGCUUCUCAUGCAGACUGGGUCCGUCCCUCGACCGCACCUACCAAGGUCGGUAGACCUUUCGAAAACGAACGCCGACGCAUCGGCUGGGCCGAUGAUUGGGAUAACGAGCCGAUGGAGCAACUUAGACGAAUUGAUCACGAGGACAAGGACCACUUCAAACAACUCGACAACAUCCUAGGUUUCCCAAGACAAAGGGCACAACAGCUGCGUCCGACGUUCGGCGCAGGCUUACCGACUUCGUAUGAUCACUUUCAGCUUAGAUCACGGUCUUUGUCCGUUUCCGCCUCACGCUCGGCCUCUCCGAACAAUGCUACUGGGAAAUUCGAAGGCAGAUCAACUCAAAGAACCUCCACGGUCAAUGAAACGGUCACUCCCGAAACGUCGCCCCUGUCUAGCCUCACCCCCAGUCCGACUCUUCAUUGCAAAAAUUUCGAUCGACCUUGGGCUCAUUUGCUCUCAGACUAUACGGAAGAAACUUCGAGACUUUCACCCAAUCACUCUCUGAGCGAUCACUCGAAAGGGGCCUCUUCGAGUUAUCCUGGUCACAGCUAUGCUUCUAGUCUUGCUUUCAGUGUUGCGACAGACGCAGCUUGGUCAGAAACCAGUUGCGAGCCAUCACGAUCAAGCUGCACUGCUAUCGAAGAGAGUCGCAAUCAAUCUUCCGCAACGUCGAGAACAGGCUGUGAGGAGGGUAAUAUCAGUCAUCUCACCAGCCAACUUUCCUUUUCUGCGAAAAAUCGCCCAGAUCAUAGCCAGCACUCUGCGAUGCAUCAAUCACAGCCCGACUUACGCUUUUCACCAGCCCCAGCGUCGCAAGAAGGUCUCGGAGGAUUGGCGCGCCCAGUACAGCAAGCUGGCGAUCCUUGUCCUUUGCUGCGAGACCCGCAAUUGUCAGCAGUGGCAGUUGAGUUCGUCACAAGUCCCAACUACCUGGAGCCCUACAACAGCUGCGAAGUUCUCAUGUUCCCCCGACCUCGUCUGCGCUCUCGCAGCGUCGGUACUGCUCCCCUCUUUACUGUUGAGAAGUUUCAUGCACUUCCCGAACGUCUUUGGCAGAAGAGUGCCGACAAUGAUGGAGCCCCACCGAUCAGAGUAGCCAGAAUGUCGACCACCAACGCCCGAAACAAGGCAUCGUUACCAGAGCGUUGUGCUUCCAGUCAGGUCAAUCUGAACCCGACUUCCAACCCAAGAAGAGAUCACCGCUUGACACUUCACGAAAACUUGCCGCCUCCGCCUCUCCCCAAAGCGUCUCCUGUGCCUGGGCCUGACCACUACACCACGAAGCCAUUACCACCCACUCCUCCACCUACCACCUCACCAAUGCUCAGAGUAAGCCAGGACAGCAUCGACUCGCUUGAGCUCUUGGAAGCCUCAGAGCUCCUCGAACGUAAUCGCGAGCUUGAACAAGACAGGAAAGCCUGGCGAGAGGAGUAUCGAACAAGUCUGCGAGUGAACAGCAGCCCUCUGUUCGACCGGAUCAGCCCUUGCCUCAGCGACCCUUCGUCCUUGGCUGCCCAUCGUGAAGCAUCUUCACUUCCUGGCAGCGCAAAUGACCUCGAUAAAAGUGCGAUUAGGGUGCAUCGCCUAUGGAACAAGGAUGGUGAACAAAAGACUUUGCUAGUGGUACAUGCGCGACAUGACUCUCCAUUUGGCAAAUUAAAGAGCCGCAGCACUCCCAAUCUGCGCGAAGGGACCGAUGCGGGUCCACAGUCAGGUUCCCUCAUCAAGCAAUUGUCCCAGCGCCUGAGCAGCUUUGCGACAAGUAAGCGCCCAUCGGCUCCCGUCUCAGCUCGGAGAAGGGGCGCGCUGCUCUCUUGUCAAGACUCAAAAAGGCUGUCGCGACCAUCUGCCGGAAUACCUCGAGCAGUCAUGAAGGAGCGCCAGCUUGUUACUGACGAGACCAUCAUAAUCGGCAGACCAGAGCUGACGGAUGACGUUCCAAAGAAAGGCGAGUGGCAACCGCAUGAAGGGGCUGUACAACCUGGAUCUCAAAUGGUUCAGGCAGCUGCAGAACCGGCCGCCACUGUCGCUCGCCACAGCUUUGCGUCACGAUCCGAUUAUCGGCCUGCUGGAACGAGAGACGAGAUCAAAGCUCACCUUGGUGAACGACCACCGUCGGCAUGGCCCCAUAGAGACUGGUAUGAUCAUUUCGAUAAGAAAAUACUGUCGCUGGGGGCGAUAAGUCAGACUUGGAUUGAUCCUGGCUCAGCCACGGCUGUACAAGGUGAACUGAUCGUUCCUGGCAGCUCUCCUGCCAGACAACCAACAACGCCUCCGUCAUCUACAGAAGCGGUUUCUAGAUUCUGCGAUGGUCAGCCGACAGAGCAUGAUCGCUCCGAGCCCAGUGCACCGCCUGUUCGUAGCGGGACGGUGCACUUUGAGGACUCAGCUGAUGCUCGAGCCUCGAGCAACUAG